AUGCGUUUCACACAAGCUGCUGUAGCCGCCGCUGUGGCUGUGGGCACGACCAGUGCUCAGCGCCCUUCCAACACAUCCAUUUGUGAUUACUACACGACGGCUCUGCUCAAGGACAACACUGCCGACAACCAGGCAACUCUCUUGACUCUGGUGGUAAACACUGUAGUCAUUGGAAACUACACGAUGCCAAAUGUCGGCAUCAUGGUCCCCGGUAUCCUGGCCCCUGGAACCUUCAACGGCACCGACGUGAACCUGCUCCCCUACUUUACCGGCGAACUGGCCUCGAGCAACCGGGGAGGUGACACGGGAGUCUCCAUCAACUUCCUCGACGGAGGCGGUGCCGAGCCACUCAUGAAGAACAUGGCGGCGAAUGACGACACGUCCAUGCAAUACUUCCUUCUGACACAUUUGUAUCAAUUCUUUGGCUCUUUGCUUGGAUGCUCCAUGCAAGGCAUGCCAGGCUUUGACGCCUACACUGGCCAUGCAUCCAUGUACGAGGUGCACAAGUUCAUGGACCUCAACCCCUACGAGAUGGGCUACUUUAUCGAGCAAGUCGCCAUGGCCGCCGCCUCGUUUGGCGUGGCCGAGGAUGACUUGACCGUGGUCGGCACGGCUCUCAACUCCCUCUUCAACUACCGGUGCGCACCCGCCACCACGGUGAUCCCCGCCCAGGGCGCCCAGCUGCAGUCCAUCUGCAUUGACGGUUCCUGCCCUGUCGCCAUGGAGAACGCAACCUGCAGCGCCUACGACCCCGUCCUGGUGCCCACCAACAGCACCACCAACGCCACUGCCACCGCGCCCGGAUCCGUAGGCACCGCCACCAUGUCGGCCGGCGCUUCUGGUACCAUGACUGGCUCCAGCACGGGGUCUUCGGCCUCCUCUACGGCGGCGACGGCUGGUGCUAUCGCCAACGGCGUCAACUUUGCCGCUGUGAUGGCUGGUGUCUUUGCUACUUUCAUGCUCUAG